AAUUCUCAGUUUCUCUAGGUUCGGCUGUUUUUUUAUUGACCAGCUUGUUUCUGCUUUUAUUCCCACUGAAUUUCCAUCUUCAAUGCAUUAUCAUUCUCUUUUUACGUAUCGUUUUUUCAACUCUGUUUCCCAUCUAAUUCUCUGCUCUGAAUCCCUUCCUCCUCAGCCUCUCAGCUUUCUUCUUUCCAGCCUGUGAAUCUUCCUUUCGUUGGAAAAACCCUGUUCGUUUAGUGUGAAAAUUUAGAGUCGGCGAUAACAUUCCUUAAUCGGGAACAUCGCUAAAUGAAUGUUUAGAAAAUGAAGUGCUUCUUGUUCAAAUUUAAAAGAGGAUCGAAGUCCUUCCUCAGAAAGAAGAAGAAACAAUCACACAAGAAUCAUCCGGGUUCAAAUCAGGCAGUGACUUCAACGAGUUCGCUGCCAUCACCGAAAACAAUAACAGAAUUGUACAAAGAGAAAGAGCACAAUUUGAGAGUUUUCACUUUGCAAGAGCUCAGGGAGGCCACGAAUGAUUUCAAUAGGAGGCUGAAGAUUGGAGAAGGGGGUUUCGGGAGCGUUUAUAAAGGUACGAUCAGGCCUCAAGAUGGUCGAGGUGUCAUUAGUAUUGCGAUAAAAAGCCUUAACACCCGUGGUUUUCAGGGGCAUAAACAAUGGCUGGCAGAGGUCCAAUUUCUGGGCAUUGUUAAUCACCCAAAUUUGGUGAAACUAUUAGGAUACUUCUCUCAAGAUGGAGAAAGAGGAAUCCAACGGGUGUUAGUUUAUGAGUUCAUGCCCAACGGGAGCCUGGAGGAUCACCUUUUCGGACGGGCUUUCCCCACCUUGCCGUGGAAAAUGAGAUUGCAGAUCAUGCUCGGUGCUGCCCAAGGAUUACUUUAUCUACACGAGGAAUUAGAGAUUCAGGUAAUAUACCGAGAUUUCAAAUCUUCCAAUGUUUUAUUGGACACGAACUUCCAUCCAAAGCUUUCGGAUUUUGGUCUUGCUAGGGAAGGUCCAAGUGGUGACCAGACUCACGUGUCCACUGCGGUGGUGGGGACAUAUGGAUAUGCUGCCCCAGAAUAUAUAGAAACAGGCCACCUCAAAGUUCAGAGUGAUAUAUGGAGUUUUGGUGUGGUAUUGUAUGAGAUACUUACAGGGAGGCAAGCAUUGGAUAGAAGGCGACCGAAAGAACAGAAGCUUCUAGAUUGGGUCAAGCAGUAUCCUGCUGAUAGUGGGAGGUUCAGCGUGAUAAUGGACCCUCGACUCAGAAAUGAUUAUUCGCAUGGUGCUGCUCGGAAGGUAGCCAAGUUGGCAGACAGAUGCUUAAACAAGAGACCGGAAGAAAGGCCAUCUAUGAGUCAGGUAGUGGAAAGCUUGAAGCAAGCAUUGCAGUAUUCAGAAACUUCAAAAAGGGCUUCUAAAUUGGUUCCAAAAAGCAAAUAGUGUAACUCUUAGCUCAUGUCAUGCGUAAGUUGAAUGCGUUUUCUGGUCAUCUGGUCCCACGAAGCCAGGUCCCGUCUUUAUCCAAAACUAGCUUUCAACGCAUAUUGGGAACAUAUCAUCAUCAGCGCAAUGAAGGGAAGGCUGUCUCGUCUAAUAGGUAUCUAUACCGAACUUAGUUUCCACAGCAUCAGGUCAAUAAUCGAAAUGCUGCAAUUUUUCUCUUUUAUUUGGCUGUGUGGUGAAUGAGAAGCUGCCAUCUGUUCCUAGAACACUGAGGAAGUCUAUACCCAAUUUCAGCCUUCAGGGAAUGGGUAAGAAGGAAGAAAUGUACUCAGUUGGCCGACUCCGGGGCAAAAAAAAGUGUUAGAAGCGCGUAUUCUAUUGCGGCUGCCAGCUGGAGAUACUUUAGGAGGGGUCAUUUAUUUCCAUAUUUUUUUGGGCCCCUUUGCCAUGGGGUUCUCUAAUUCAACCUCCUGUAAACAGUUUUUUCUUUUUUUUUGGUUUCCCCAGUGGGAACUUGAAGAAUAAUUAAUGAAGUUUUCUUAUUAUAUUAAGUGCUUUGACUUUUGACUA